AUGACUCUCUCUGCCAGCCUCCUCCUGCUGCUGCUGCUGGGCCUCGCUCAGGCCGUUCCUCUCCAGGAGGACGAAGAGCAAGAAGGAGACCCGGAAGACGAGUCUGUGGACAUCAGCUCCAGGAUCCUCAACACCAACAACGGUACCUACGAGUUCCUGCUGGAGGGAGACCUGCUGCCUCCCUCAACGAGAAAUGCCCAGAAGUGCUGGGGAAACAGGUGCUUGUGGGAUAAAGGCCAGGACGGCCUGGUGACCAUCGCCUACAGUGUGAACCGGCAGUUCAGCGGUGGGGAGAGACAGCUCAUCGACAACGCUCUGAAGUCCUUCGAGAGUAAGAGCUGCAUCCGCUUUGUCGCCAGGACACACCAAAGGGACUACCUGCGAAUCGAGAGCCAGGGUGGAUGUUUCUCUUCUGUGGGUAAACAGGGAGGGGGACAGGUGCUGUCUCUCAACAGACAGGGCUGCAUGUACCCUGGCGUCGUCCAGCAUGAGGUCCUCCACGCUCUGGGCUUCAGGCACGAGCACAACAGGAGCGACCGCGACCAAUACGUCAGGAUCAACUGGCAGAACAUCCAACCACAAUCCGCCUACAACUUUGACAAGCAGGACACCAACAACCUGGGCGUUUCCUAUGACUACGGCUCCAUCAUGCACUACGGGAAAACUGCAUUCUCCAUAGAUGGCUACAUGGAAACCAUCACCCCCAUCCCAGACCCCAGCGUCAACAUUGGACAGCAGAAGGAUUUCUCCAAGCUGGACAUCGAGAAGCUCAACAAGCUCUACAGCUGUGAACAAAAUGCUAAUGUUCCCUUCUAA